UCCAGUUUGCUUGUUAUACGCUAGUUAUUCGGGUGUGUUAUUUGGUGUCCGUGUGACUGUGAACUAAUGUUAAACAAAAGAUUAAUUAACGUGUGUCUUUAAAAACAGUUUGACGAGGUGACAAAUGGAUAUGUGCUAGUUGGCUUCCGUGUACGUCCCGAAACGGAGUUACGAUGGCUGUUCACCUUCACUUGCUGCUGGUAGCCAUCGUGCCCGUACUGGCAGAAAUUGAAAUGGAGUUCACAAAGUAUCCUGAAUCGGUAGCAGCUCCGGUUGGCGAUGAAGUGACCUUCGAGUGCGCCGUCAGAGUUCCAGGAGAACGUCUACAAUGGAGGUGGAAAGCUGCUGAUGGGGACUGGAGACAAUGGAAGGAGGUACCAGCACGGGAAAAUGACGGAGUGUCCACCAAGCUGGUUGUAGAUGUCAAUGAGAAUAUGGUUGAUGGCUUAUAUCAGUGUGUAAUAUGGUACGGCGCAAUUAGCCUGGUAUCAAUACCGGCAAAGCUGUCCAUUGCCAGACUGGAUUUAACCCAGAACACGCCCGAGAAACGGGUGAUCACUGCACCACUGUUUAACACCGUGGUACUUCAUUGUAAGGAGCCGAAGUCUGAACCGCCGGCAGUGUUGAGCUGGUGGAAGGAGAAUGGCAAGGGCUCUCGCAAACAACUGGAGACACCGCACGGAGUGCUGGUCAUCCACAACGCUACAGCUGCUGAUGAUGGAACCUACGGAUGUGCCGCUACCAACGAGAUAAGUGGGCAAAGCAUCGAUCUUCCUGAGAGAACGUACUUGAGAGUGCAGCACGAGGGAAAUGGCGGUGUCAGAUUUCUAGAAACAGAAGAAUACGUUGGUAAAUAUGAGAAAGAAGUUCUUCUAGCGCCAGUGGGUCCUGAUGCUGCACUGCGGCUUUGGUGUGGGGCAGUGGGUACUCCUCCUCCGAAGAUCACUUGGAGUAAGGAGGGAUCGCCCAGUCUCCCUCGGAGACACGACCACACUCUCAUAGUGUCACCUUUUACUACAGAAAAUGAGGGAAUAUACUCGUGUUCAGCAAAUGGGAUUCGUCGAUCUUGGAAGGCGAUCGCCCUCCAACCUCCGCAUUGGGAAGGCUCAGCUGGAAGUGUGAACGCCAGCGAAGGUGGAAGUGCACAUGUUGCCUGUGGGAGGCUUUAUGGCCAGCCACCUCCUGCAGUCCAUUGGAUUCUGAAUGCUGAACUCAUUGAAAGUGGGAAGGGCAUUAGGGCUACUGACUCGGAUCUCUACAUAGACCACGUUGAAAAGCGUCAUGCGGGAAUCGUUCAAUGCUUUGCGUGCAACGAGUUAGGAUGCGCAUACGACGCUGCUAUGCUCACUGUUGUCCCUGUGCAGAUAUCAGAACAGGAUUACACAGCGGACAUACCGAAAUCUAUGCACAUACCAUCCCAACCACCGAAGAAACACAACAGAAAAAACUCAAGAAAAAAUAAAGCGGUUCUUAUAGCUCCAACGCGACCGAAUGUCACAAGACUGUCUGAUGAAAGCGUUAUGGUUUCUUGGACACAUUCAAAACACGGCCUGCCGAUACAGUUUUUCAAGGUUCAAUACCGGGAGGUGACAAAUUCGUCGAAUGUGAAUUGGAAAACUGCCACCGACGACAUCAAGUCGUCUACCAACUCGUAUGAUAUCGGCGGACUAGUGCCUGAUAAGUACUACAAAUUCCGCAUAGCAGCCGUUUAUUCGAACCAGGACAACAAGUUAGGACGAAGCAGCCCCAAGUUCUACUUGCGGCGUGGUGGCUCUGGGAACCGUCCACGAACACCGAACAUCGCUAUGGCGGUCGCGUUGUCGCCUCAUAGCUUACACUUGAAUUGGACCUGGUCAAGCGAGGGUGGCGUGGAGGCGGAAGGUUUCUACGUGUACUUCCGAGCGGUAUCCUCGGCCGGGGCUUAUGAAAAGGUAAACGUCGAAGGUACUGCUCGUAGCGUGUCUAUUACACAUCUUGCGCCAGACACGGCCUACGAGCUCAAACUACAAGCUUAUACUACGCAGGCGCCAUCGGGAUUUAGCUCUAGAUUGGUUGCGAAAACUCUAAGAGCUGCAGCAACCGAACCAAUCACUACCGUAUCCCCAACUGAGGAUGUCAAAGAGGAGGGUCCCACCACACUGGUGACAGCUGGUGGGAUAGUUGGGGCGACAGCUUUGUUGCUCAUACUUGCUGUUACAUUGCUGCUGUGUAAGCGGAGCCGGCGGCCAGCGUCAAAAGAGAAAGGUUCGGCUGAGGGCGGUGGCAAUGGAUACAUGCCGGCCAAAGUGCCCAUCACCAUUACAGCUAACCCGAUGCACACUGAGGGCGAAGCUGGCGUGGAAAUGUCGUUCCUUCACAAUAACAAUUGCGGGAAUAACGGCAACGAUGACACCCUCCCACAUUCAAGGAAAAAUGGACCUUCGAGACAAUACGUAUAAGGUUCAAAUAAGACUGUAUAUGUUACCGACAGUGUAUCAGACAUUUUAUGAAAUGCCCAGGCGAACUUGGUAAUGCAAAAUUCCAAUUACAGUAAUACAUUUUUGUAUCAAAUGUAAAACGAACAAAUGUUGUUAGUAAUAGAAAAUUAAUUGAUUUCAAUAUAAUUUCAAUGUAAGACAUUGGGACCAAUGACAGAUUGACACACACACACACAAAAAUAUUAGAUGAGUAAUUUCAUAUUUUACUCUUACGUCUAAAUUAGAGAAUUAUGCUGGCGAGUUUAUUUGUAAUAAACGGAAAAGAGGCACACCUGAUGUUAAGUGAUACCGCCCAUGGACCGCACUUGCUAGCCUCCUGUUAAUGUUAGUAUCCAUUGGUGGUAUUAUUUAACAGGUUAGCCUCCUGCCCGUUUGCCCACAUUGAAAUAUGACUAUGUCUAGGUAUUGCAUAGAAUACCAGAUUAUACACAUUGACGGUAACUACUUAAGACUAUUAUGAUAGAAUUUCGAAAUUAGGUGUUUAAAAUGUGAUAGCGAUGUGCACGGUCUUUGACAGUACAAAAAUAUAUUUAUUAUAGUUAAGGAGUGAAUGUUUAGCGUAAAUAUCUAUGGAGCGUACUUGGACUUGGCAGGCUCAUUACGACUAACGCCCGAAUCCAAUAAUUAAUCCACAAUCUCAUAAAAAAAUCUGAGUUCAGACGGUGACAGUCGAUCGAUCUCCUAUAUGCAUCCCAUUAACCAAACCCUGAUAUGAUAUGAUUGAGAUAUGUUGUUGGAUUUGGGCGUAAGUAUAGUCUUAAGUGACUGUUAAAUCUAAUUGCACGAUUCUGAGUACUGUUUAUUAUUAAAUAGAUUAGAUACUAAGUUCAAAUAAGUUUUAUAGAGUCGUAAUUUAUGGUUAGUUAAGAAUAGUAAUAUUUUAUAUAAUUCAUAAAACUAUUUGUCUUUGUGUUUUGUCUAUGAAAUAUAUUAUUUUUAAAAUCGCAGAUUAGAGUUACCAUGGCAACAGAUACGAUGUUAACUUUAAUCCUCGAUAUAUUGUACGAUGCGUUUAAUGAUAACAAUUGUAUGUGAAAUUAUACGAAAUUUAAGACUCGUGCCUGAAAGCUUACGGAUUGAUUUACCAGGAGCACUUUUGGCAGAAUUAAACACAUUUAAAUCCUGUGAUUCUGUAUAUAAAUUUAUUUUCUAACGUAAUGUCAUUGUUGUGCAAUGGUUUAAAAUACAGAUUAAAACAUGAAAAUAUAGACAUUUCACUAUACUUGACUGUGAUUAUUGUAGUUCGAUUUUCAAAAUUAAAAUUGUGAGACGAAACGAUGACGUUUUGCUUGAUUGAACACGACUUGGCGUUCGAUUUUCAAAAUUCUAAUUAUAAGACGGAGCAAUGUCACUGCUUGAAUGUAAUUGGUCAAGCAACACGACCCACUGUUCGAUUUUUAAAAUUCAAAAUUUAAGAAGAAACACUGACGCUUUACUUGAUUGUGAUUGGUCAAGUAAAUUGACCUGAAAUUCGUAAUUCAAAAUUAACGAACUCACUUAAAUGUGAUCUCUUAUCCAACUACAUAUAGGUGACACGUCGUUCCGUUUCACCAAUCGUUUAAUCUCUUUAUAUAUAUUUAGUUUUAUAUAGCCAUUCUAGAUCUGACAUUAGUCAUAAGCGACAUUCCUGGUAAAUGCAUAGUAAAUGGUGGAAUGUGAUUUAUUGACGCUCAUUUCAAUAAGCGAUUUCUCGACAGCUGCGGUCGGGUGAAAUUUUUAUUUGAAAACUUAACGUUUAAAAUAUUUUUACAAAAUAACUUUUCAGAUUAUAUUAUGUUGUUAUAGUUAUCACAUUUUCUACGAUUUAGGGAUAAUUUAUUUGGUGGAUAGAUAGGGCAGUGCAGCGUACUGGGGGAAAAUAGAGGAAGCCUAUGUCCAGUAAUGGAUCAAAUAAAGAUGAUCCUUUAGCUUGAAAAAAAAAUAUUGGACUGUAAAGUUGUAUUUUGUAAAAAUUCUAAUUGUUAGUUAUCUAACAAUAUAUCCGUUAGACUAUAAACUAUAGUUUAUAUUUUACAAUACAAAUAUAUUUAUUUUUGUGUGGUUUAGUAAUCUAUAACAAUGGGUUCAUAAUAUUAAAAAAAAAAAAGCA